CACGGACGACGACGACGACGACCGUCAAAGCCACACGCGGUGAGCUCGGCUCACAAUUAUUCACAGCUGCAACGCAAUUUCUCCCUUUGGGCUAAGAUUUUACAAAAUAAGAGGCGGAAUAAGAUAGCUAUUCAAUUGUGUAUUAUGAUAUAAUCACAAAAAUAAGCAUGUCUGCGGAACUUUUUGCGGAAUUCAACAAGCCGGCUACCCCGUCACAGCAACAGCAAAAACCAACUAGUUCAUCUAACCCCAGUCAACAUCAACCAGCUCAGGCAGAUCCAUUUGGCAGUUUCUUUCAAAAUGCGCCCAAUUCAUCUGGCAUCGCCUCCUUUACAUCACCAGCCCCUACCAAUACCCAACUGGGACAAAGUUGGCUGCAAAGUCAACCAGCGUCGCUGAACACUGCGAAACAAGACGAGGAUGAGGAUGGAUGGGGUGAUUUUGAAGUAGCCGAACCUGCUCUGGCCAUAAAUAUCGGAAACAGCCUACAGCAUCAGGUGUCCAGUUUUACUUCUGCUACAAAAACUUCCAACCCACAGCCAUCUACUCUUGCUUUCACUACUCCAAGCCAACCUCCAUAUACUCUACCUACAUCUACCUUCGGUCACAGUUCCAUCUUCGAAGAUGACACAUUUAAUUACCCAAAGGAACCUCGUCUCAAAGUCAGUGCAAAUGCACAUGAUCCUAGUGUACUGUUUGACGCCAAUGACUUUGAGUUGGAUGAGGGCAAUGACGACGACGAUACUUUUGGAGACUUUGAAGACGCACCCUCAUCAAAUAUUCCGUCAAAAGGUCAUGUCAUUACGUUAUCCAUGCCUACAACACAAAGCAGCUCUUCCGCAAUAUCACCUGCAAUGGUAGACUUGCUGUCGCUGGACGACCACGUAAAUGACGCCGCACCUGUUCGAAUAGAAUCAUUCCAGUCGACCCCAACUCUCCGGUUUGGAGCGCUUCAGAAGAGCUCCAUCUCCGCCGCUUCUGAACAAUCAGUCUCACAUAAAAUUCAUGUUCAGGAGACCAGAAAACAAUCACCAUCGCAGACGGUCCCUUCAAAACCAAAGCAGCCGGCGCCGCAGCCGUCCGCAGCUAAUAUGGACGACGACGACGACGACGACUGGGCAGCAUGGGACGACAACACGACGACGAGCUCGUCUGCAAAGCCGUUACCCAAAACUGAACCUGUUUCUGAUCCAUGGGCAUGGGAAGCCCAAGACCAAGCAGCAGCACCACCGACGAACGACAAUAACCCCCCACCUGUCAACGUUCCGCCACCAUCAAUUAUUCUCUCCGUGUUUUCCGAAUUGUUUGGUCUCGGGGAGCCCCUCUUCAAAGCGGUUGCUGGACAGUCAUCAGAGAGAAAGAAACAAAUUCUCUCUAGUACGAAGUCUGUUGAAUUUCUACAAGGAUACCUCUUGCUUGCAUCCACUGCAGCUAAGGUGAUUGCUGGCCGAAAGCAACGAUGGCUUCGUGAUAAAAUCCUCGCCAAGAGUAUGUCAAUAUCCGCAGCUGGUAGCAAGGGCAUGAAACUUGCCGGUGUAGACAAGACACAGUCAGCUAGAGAGGACCGCGAGGCCGCCGAUGUCGUUUCAUCAUGGCGCCUCUACGUUGGCAAGCUCCGAUCAGCAAUAGCGGUGGUAAAUUCCAGCACGAGCACAUCGCUAAAAGUCCCGGAGCUUAGCGAUACUAUGCAAGUACAGACAGCAAAGAUGGUGCCAACAGCACCGAAACCUUGUAUCAUCUGUGGUCUCAAGCGCGAUGAGCGUGUCGCAAAAGUUGACAUCGACGUCGAGGACAGCUUUGGAGAGUGGUGGGUGGAACACUGGGGUCAUAGAGCGUGCAAGAACUUUUGGAUGCAGCACGAAAAGAGUUUACGACAGCGAUGAACGGUUGUAGAUACACUAUUAAAUCUAAGGAAAAGUACAAUGUGUUGAUUUGUUGAGUACAUUCGUGGUGUGGGUAGUAAGUAUUGAUGAUGAUGGUGUUCACUCUUACUCACUUAACUUGACGGACCACUAACAUAGUACCAUUUCAGCCCGUAUAAGGGGCAUGCAUAGGUAAGAUUGUACCAGUACCAGCUUAGAACGAUACAAGACGGCCACUGCUCUAUUAAUUAUAAUCAGCGUUGUAUUCCGAAAACGCGAGCUGAUGCAGGGUAAGCGAGUGGUCGGGGUACAUCUGUAUAGCCGCCCAACAAACAUCCCCACUCUUCCCAAAGAGGCUACCUGGGCAUCAGUUUCGGGCAACUGACGGUGAAGGGCAAAAUAAACAAAGCGGCCAUGGGCGUUGGAGUCGCUCCCGCGUACGCCGAGCCGUGGCGCAGUGGAUUGAGACCAACGCGCGCUUGCUAGUUCGUUUGUGUUUUGUUUCUUUGAAGGGCUUCUACGCCACAGAACGUGUAGGCGACACACAUCGCAAGAUGUGGUGUACUUGGGUUGAGGGCCUCUUUCAACGGCGGUUGCGGGCUGAGAAAACGAUGAGUUGGAAGUGUAAAGGAUGGAAGGGGCCACUGGACUAUAUUGAAAGUCUCAGACGAUAACCGAGGACUUGGCGAAGAAGCCAGUAGCUAAGCAAUUAAGAAAACCGCAGUAAUUACAGUCUGCGGAGUACUCGUCACUGGCCGCUGCCC